AUGAAAGAGACAAGGCAUCCCAGAAACCUAAGGUUCAACCCAUGGGCUAUCUCACAAGGCAGGGGGAGUUUGGGUUUCAGUCUACCCAGCUCAGAACACAGGGUCAAGGAACACCAGGCAGCCCACACUUGCCAUAGCAGCUUCCUGGAUGCCUGUCAACUGGCCCGAAAAGCCUUUUACCCAGUUUACUUUUAUAAACUUGCAUUUUUGGCUCUUAGACCAGAUAAGAUGUUUAAAAUUUAUAUCCCUUCAUUUAUUUUAAGUAAUGAGGAAAAGACCGGUUAUGGUCAACAAUCCCCAGGGCUACAGUCCUUUUGA